AUCGCAUAAUCAAGGUUUCUUGCGGCAUCAAAACAAUGUCCAUCUCCGACACUGAUCAAACUGAUCAUCUUUUUGCUUAUUAAAGUCAUGUUGAAUCAACGUUGUUCAAGCCAUUUAAAAUAAAUGUAAAUUCGCCCUAAUUGGUUUGCUUACCUUGAAAUUGAUUUUAUUCGGGUGAGACGACAUUACGUAUUUUCAACGUAUUUUCUACUUGUUUUUAAAAUCCCAAAUAAACAAAGAAAUCGGUAUGUAAACAUUUAUUCCAGUGGUUCUCAGCACAGGCGCGGAGAGAUCAGAAGAUCAGAACAAAUUGUUUUCAAGAAAAAAAAACACAGACAUGGCAUCAUUUGGAUACUCGGUGUAUUUUAUUGCUUUUCAAAUAGAAUGUGCAUAAAUGAAAAACCCUGUGUUCCCUCUUAGCCUCUUAGAAGCUUAGCCUGCAUUUUAUCUAGCUAUCAAUGCAGACCAAUGUUGCCAACUUGGCGACUUUUCAGACCCCUUUAGCGACUUUUUUUUUGUUGCAAAAAAAGUGCCUUACGACAAAUCUGGGGACUUUUUGGACAAACCUUAGCAACUUUGCAAAUGUUGCCAGUACUGUCCUGCAAGCGGGAUGUCUUGCUUUCCCGCUGCACUCUCACCUCUCCCUCUGUCUGCCCUGUUCAUUGUGUGGCUGAGAGCUGGAGAUUUAAAAAUGUCAUGGUUAACGAGAUGUGCCCUUCAUCCCAAUUUGCAUAAUUUGUAUGCGAAUGUUUAUAGAAUGCAAGACAAAUGGAGUACCACAUGUUUUACAUAUACAAUAGUACACGUUAUUACUGCGUAGUUCUCUUGUUCAAAGUUAUGGAAGCCCUAAGCGGCCAUUCAUUAUGAAUUUUUUUCUUUGUUGUUUUCUCAUGAUCUCGACUUAAGUUUUUUUAAAAAAAUACCUUCACACUGGUGCAUUUACAAAUAGGUUUAUUAUUAUACAUCAAUCUUUUAAAAAAUAAAGCAAUGUUAAUUCUGUUCUCAAAAUGUUUCUUUUUUCAUAUACACCACACAAAGUGCCGAAAAGAUUACAGUUAAAGUACUGGAUCGAUAAGCAGUAUCGGUAAGAGUAGUAAUACAGUUAAAGCCUUAACGAUACCCAUCCCUAGUUAUGGUAGAUACAGUGCUCUCCACUGUACUCAGUUAUUGGCACCCUUUUAGUCAAUACCUUUACCAAGAUAACAGCUCUGAGUCUUCUCCUAUUAUGCCUGAUGAGGUUGGCGAAUACAUGGCAAGGGAUCUGAGACCAUUCCUCCAUACAGAAUCUCUCCAUAUCCUUCAAAUUUUGAGCUACAUGCUGGUGGACUCUCCUCUUCAGUUCACCCCACAGGUUUUCUAUGGGUUUCAAGUCAUGGGACAGGGAUGGCCAUGGCAGGAUUUUGUGUUUCACUCCUUACCUAAAACCAUUAAACCUGUGGACAAAGAACUACUUGAUGUGCUGGAGACUUGCAUUUGGACUGCUACAGAGGGGGCAGCAUUCUUUCUGGCCAAACCACUGGUCUCUCAGCCACUCAUUGAACAGAGCAGACGCAGAGAGAGGUGUGAGUGCAGCAGGAAAGCAAGACCUUGCGCUUUCAGGACAGUACUGGCGACAUUGGGAAAGUCACUAAGUUCAUUGAGAGGCCUUUGUGAAAUCAUGAAAACAGUUGCAAGGUUGUUGCUGCUACUACUGCCUCUCCACUAUUGCACUUUAGCCGACAUGGAACUACUUCACAGGGAGAGAAGAGGAACACGCAACUAUAGAGACCACUGUGUAGACUCGGACUCAGCUGCAGUCAGAGAGAUAGGGGAAACUUGGCUACGAUGGAGAGGUCAGAAAGUCGAGUAUUGCCGCUGUGCCUCAAGAGCAAGGGCACGAUGUCACUACAUACCUAUUACUACUUGUUAUGUAUCAAGAUGUUACAGUGGUGGCACAUGUAAGGAGGCAGUGUUCUCCAAAGACUUCAUAUGCCUGUGUCUGCCAGGAUUCACUGGACAGCAGUGCGAGAUCAAUUUGAAUGAGAAAUGUGUGAGUGGGCAGGGCUCUGACUAUCGCGGUACUUGGAGCAUGUCCAGCUCUAGCGCUGAGUGUAUCAAUUGGAACUCAACUUUGCUCAGAGGAAAAAAAUUCACAGCCAGGAAACCAGACACAAGAAUCCUUGGACUAGGCAAUCACAACUACUGCAGAAAUCCAGACGGGGACUCUAGACCAUGGUGCUAUGUUUUUAAAAAGUCUCAAAUUGUGUGGGAAUUCUGUUCUAUGCCAAACUGUACAACAGACCCUAUACUAGAGUGUGUACAGGGAUUGGGUCAGUCCUAUAGAGGAACUCAGACCAUCAGUAAAAGCAACUCUAAGUGUCUGCAGUGGGACUCACCUGCAAUCUACCACAAGUUUUACACAGCCUGGAGGCCAGAUGCCAGACAGCUGGGUCUUGGCAGCCACAGCUACUGCAGGAACCCAGACAGUGAUCUUGGUCCCUGGUGUCACAUUUAUAAAGGCUCCCAACUGACUUGGGAACUCUGUGAUAUCCCCAAAUGCUCAAGGAAACCAUCUACCAUCACAACCCUUGGACCAAGAGCCCCUACAACCACCAUCAGAGGAACCUCCUGUGGUCAGCGUUCUGAAAUGCCUUCUAGUUCAAUAUUCAGAAUACUUGGAGGUCAGGAUAGUGACAUCAGACAGCAGCCAUGGCAAGUGGCUAUCACUGUGUACUUGCCACGCACCAAAUCACAUAACUUUCUGUGUGGAGGAGUCCUGAUUGACUCCUGCUGGGUCCUCUCUGCAGCACACUGCUUCCAGGAGGGAUUUGCGGAAAAUCGCCUGCAUGUGAUCCUUGGCCGAACCUUCAGGCUCCAGAACUCCAGCAGUGAGCAGACAUUUGAUGUGGAGACAUACUGGAUCCAUGAACAAUACAACGAUGCGAAUUAUGAUAAUGACAUAGCUCUGCUAAAGUUGAAGAGUAAAACUGGCAUCUGUGCUGUAAAUUCUCCAGAGGUGCUGCCUGUUUGUUUACCAAAACCUGGCAUAGUUCUCCCAGAUUGGAUGGAAUGUGAGAUUUCCGGUUAUGGCAAAGACAAAGAAUUCUCUCCAUUCUAUUCUGAGCGAAUAAAACAGGGUCAUGUGCGCCUCUGGCCCCAGGAGCAGUGUGUGCCAGAGAAGCUCUCUGGGCGUGAAAUCACACUGAACAUGCUGUGUGCUGGAGACACACGUGGCCUGGACGAUGCCUGCAAGGGUGACUCAGGUGGUCCUCUGGUUUGUGAAAAGGACAGACAGAUGACCCUCAUAGGUUUGAUCAGCUGGGGGGAUGGAUGUGGAAAGAAAGACAUGCCAGGUGUUUACACACGCAUUACAAAGUACACAACCUGGAUUUCCAGCAAGAUGAGAUCAAACUAAUGCACAAACCCCAAGAUCCAUUUGCUAAAAGUGGACUAAUUUGAAAUAGUCUCAGUUAUGCUGACAUUAGUACUGUUGCAUAUACAUGUUUCAUGUAAAAGCAUGGUCUAACUGGAUUCUCAAAGGGGAGUUGAUGAAAUGGUUGCUAGGGAAAAGAAGGAAAGUCAUCAAUGAUGAUAAUCCUAGCAAAAUGUAGAUAUCACUCCAGUUACAAAUUUAUUGUCCACAUUUAUUUCUACAAGACAAACUCAAUACACUGAAAUGCGAGUAUUAGUGUAAUAUGUACACAAAUUUACACAUAUGCAGAAAUAUAUGUGCAUAUUAUAAUGCUGUCAAAAGUUGAGGUCCAGCCAAUGAAAAUCUACAUUUAAAAAUGUUAAUUAUUAAAAUUUUAAAACUGUAUUCAAGUAUCACAAUAAAUAUAUGUACAGCCCAAUGUGGGUGUAACCGUAGUGCCUAGUUGUCAUUGUCUUUAUCCUGUGAAGACACCCUCUGUCCAGUUUGCAGAUUGUAAAACAGAGACUGUUCUUGGGUUAUAUUUACUUAAUAUUAGGUAAAUAUGACAACAAUGUUGGGUGAAGAGUACAUAGAUACUGAACAUUGGGCUUUAAAUAUUUCAGAUAUAUUUUCCCAUAUAAAUAUCCUUUUAUUUGCCUUUCUAUUGUAAAAGAAAAAUCCGUUUGUACACAGGUAUCGUAUAGGCUGCCUACUAGCUUUCUAGUAUAUACAGUCCCCUCCAAAAGUAUUUGAACAUCAAGGCCUUUUCCUAUAUGCUGAAAACAUUUGGGUUUGAUAUCAAAAGAUGAAUGUGAAUUUCACCUUUUAUUUUCUGAUAUUUACAUCAAGAUAGAACAUGGCUCCUUUGUUGCAGUCCAUGCAAUUUUCAUUUUUGCAAAAAGGAACAGACUUGGAACACAUAUUCUUAAAGUAAAUUUAAACAUAAAACACUUAAUAUUUGGUUGCAUAUCCCUUGCUUGGUGUAAUUGCAUCAAGUCAGUGAUCCAUUGACAUCACCAGACUGUUGCAUUCUUCUUUUAUGAUGCUCUUCCAGGCUUGUACCACAGCUUUUUUUUUAAAUUGUUAUUUGUUUUGAGCAUUUGUUCCUUCAGUCUCUUCUUCAGGAGGUGAAAUCUAUGCUCAAUGGGAGUAAGAUCUGGUGAUUCAUGUGGCCAGUCUUACACCUUUUUCUUUGUUGUGUUGGCAGUGGGAUUUGGGUCAUUGUCUUGCAAGUAUGGGUCUCUGCAGGUCGGAAUAAUGAGCAUGUCAAAAGCUAAGGGGGCAUGUUGAAAAGCUAUUUCAAUUAACCAAGAGCACUGUCGGUUAAACAUACAGGCAGUCCUUAAGUUAAAUUGCAGUGCUGCAGGGAUGACGUAUUUUUGUAGGCCAACCAGGAAGUUAGCAUCACCCUGGCUCCCUCUACAAAAAAACUAUUCCCUCGACAGAGAUUAUUGCAGAAAAUAAGCUCUGUCACCAGCAAAAGUUUAUGAUUCUUACUUAUUUUUUUUUAUCAACAUAAUCUUCACAAAUUAACACAACUUUUAUGAAUCUUGAAGGCUAUAUACAAUCGCCAGAAGUAAAAAGCUAAAGAAAAGAAGCUACAAAAGAACACUGCCACGGUCGCAUGACUUCAAUGUCACCACCACUUAGCUUACAAUAAAAUUUAUAGCAAUACAAUUUGAAAAAACAGUAGAAUUGUAAAAUACUAUAAAUUGAUAUCUAGAAAUUGGAAAGUUUGAGUUGGAAUAGUCUUCAAGAGCGCGAGUGUAAACACAAUGACUCUGUAGUAGAUGAGUUUUCCUGUUUGCCAUGAUGACGUUUAAUGUCCCUAACCACUUCUGUAGUCCCAUUUAGCCACUUUUUAGCAACCGCCUUUUUAAGACAUGUAAAAACUUAACAAAACCAUGAGUAAGGUAUUACUGAUGUAUUUUAUGUCGUAGAAUAAAACGUGGAAAUAUCUUGAGCUUGUGUUAACCACAGAACUUAUUUUAGGCAUUUAACCAAAAACCCUUUUUAAAAAAACUAUACUCAUGAUUUUUUUUUAAUCUUUUACGUGUCUUGGAAAAGGUGGUUGCUAACAAAUGGUACUAUAAAGGUUGUUGGGGACAUUAAACAUUAUCAUGCCAAACAGGAAAACUCAUCUACUAUAGCCUCGUUGUGUUUAUACUCACACUCUUGCAAACAAUUCCAACUCAAACUAUCCAACUUUUAGAUUUAUCAAUUUAUAAUACUUUCCAAUUCUAGUAUUGUUGUUUUUUGGUCAAGUUGUAGUUCUAUAAAUGCUAUUGGAAGAUUAGUGGUGGUGACGUUGACAUCAUGCGAACGUGGUGUAGUUCGUUCAUAGACUAACUUUAGCUUUUUACUUCCGACGAUUGACACUACAUCCACCAUUCUUGACCAGUGAGCUUAUAUGUUUUAAAUCAUUAGUAGAUCAUUUCUUUCUCCACACUCUGGCCUUGUCAUCACUUUGGUAAAGGUUAAUCUUUGUUUCAGAACUUUUGUGGCUCAUCUCUGUAUUUCUUUGCAAAUUCCAAUCUGACCUUCCCAUUCUUACUACUGAUGAGUGGUUUGCAUCUUGUGGUAUAGCAUCUGUACUUCGAAUAGUGGAUUGUGAUGCCUUCACCCCUGCCCUGUGGAGGUUGUUAGUAAUGCCACUGACAGUUUGGGAGUUUUCUUCACAGCUCUCACAAUGUUUCUGUCAUUGGUGGCUGUUGUCUUUAUUGGCUGACCUGUUCGAUGUCUGGUUUUUAGUACACCAGUGGCUUCUUUCUUUUUCAGGACAUUCCAAAUUGUUGUAUUGGCUAUGCCCACUGCUUGUCUAAUUGAUCAAUUUUCCUUCUUUUCUCAGCUUCAAAAUGGCUUGCUUUUUCCCUAUAGUCAGCUCUCUUUUCUUCAUGUUGGUUUAUCCUUUUUGACAACAAAUGCAGUCUUCAAGUACUCAAACCAAGAGCAGAAUUCAGAGCAAUUAAUUGUUUAAACAAUCAAUCUAACAAGGCACACAUGGGCAACAAUAAAAUACCUGUCAGUCGCAUGUUCCAAUAUUUUUGAUCACUUGAAAAAUGGAUGUGUUCAAACAAAAGUUGCCAUGUUCUAAGUUGUUUAAUACAUUUACUAUAAAUGCAAAUUUCAGCAAAAACAAUAGAAUUGGCCUUGCCAUUACAAUAUUUUGGAGGGGACAGUUUAAAACUUAAACAUACAAUAUUAUUUAAACUGAUCUUUUUUGGAUUUCCUUCAAAUUAAUUUUAUUUUCGCAUUUUAAAGCAAUAAAUAUCUGCUGGUUCAGAGAAAUGCAUAAGGGUGUCUGUUACAUGAGGUGAUCCUAGAUAUUUUAGGUAAGGUUAUGCAUUUUUAUUGUUACUUUGUCCAUUAGGAUUUUGGUCCACACCAUUUGAAAGUGGUGUUAGUCUUUAUAUUUUGAGUUAUUUUAAAACUAUUAAUCUUGUAAUAAGUUCAUAUUUAACUAUUUAUCAUCAGUAACUUUUGUUUUGUAUUCUUUGCCAGUAAAUAAAUUUAGCAUAAUCUUUGCUACAUGAUACCUUUUAAGUAAAUUAAAGUUGCCUUCAUUAUACAUUUUAUGUGA